UUAGCUAUUGGUGUUUAUUGGAUUAAUCAUGAGAGUUACGAACCUGAGCUUGGUCAUAAUCAGCCUACACCCACCCCUAAAACAACUAAAGAUCAACGCAAAUAUCCAAAGAAAUUAACGUUGUAUUCAAAACGUUUACAAUGUUGGAUUAAUAGCAAGAACACUUCGUUGAAAAAAUUAAAAUUACACGAUAUUGGCGAUAAUAGUCUUGAUGAAAACAAACUUAGUGUUUAA